UUUUCUCGCCCAACUCAUGUCGCUGAACAGAAUAAAUCCAAUGACACAGCAGUGAUCAGCAGUGACCACGGUCUGAGAUCUAUUUUUAUUAAAAAUGGCAUCAAAGGACAGCUCAGACAAAAGAGGAGAUCGAUUAGUUGUUGCUGCAAUAGACGUUGGAACAACAUUUUCAGGGUAUGCAUUUUCCAUGCGGUCUGAUUUUGAGUCAAACCCACUUCAAAUCAGGACUAAUGAUUGGUCAGCAGAGGGAGUUCACAGUUCAGAGAUGAAAGCACCAUCAGUGUUGCUGCUAAAUCCCGACCUAUCAUUUAACUCAUUUGGAUACAGAGCACAAUAUACUUAUUCAGACUUAAUGGACGAUGACCCAGAUAAUGCUGCUAAACAUUUUUACGUCAAGAACUUCAAAAUGCAAUUACAUAAUAGGGAAAUAUCCUUGGAGAUGACUAUCCAAGAUAUAACAGGAAAAGACAUGCCGGCUAUAAAAGUUUUUUCAGAAUCAAUACGAUUUCUGAAAGAACAUUUCCUUCAAAUGUUUACCGGCAAAAAAUUAGGCUUUACUGUAAAAGACGUCUUUUUCGUGAUUACCGUUCCUGCAAUUUGGAGUGACGCCGCAAAGCAGUUCAUGAGGGUAGCCUCUGAUAAAGCAGGCAUAGAUAGUUCCCAGAUGAUGCUGGCUUAUGAACCAGAAGCUGCUGCCUUAUUUUGCAGUCUGUUACCCGAGGACCAAGGAAUUGCUAAAUAUUUCCAGGAAGGACGAAGACUUAUGAUUGUAGACCUCGGUGGUGGUACGGCGGAUAUCACGGUUAUCAAGGUAAUAAAACGUGUAGAGAAACUGACCUAUAUAGAGCACGUGUACAGAGUUACAGGAGGGGCAUGGGGCGGUAACCAGGUCAAUAAGAAUUUCGAAAACUUCCUAGAAACGGUUUUCGGAAAUGACGUCAUCAACGAGUUUAAAAGAGAAUAUCUUCCUGCAUACAUGGAGAUGAUGAGCGAUUUUGAACUGAAAAAGAAAACACUCUCAACUUCCGGUGCAAAAACUGGUGUUGCAGUAAAAGUUGGAGGCGAACUUUUUCAGAUUUUCAAGGGUAAGCGAGGUAAAGAAAUUAGUGAAGAACUCAAAGGCAAACUGAAAGGUACGGUUAAAAUAGUAGGAGACAAAUUGCGAUUUGACGUUGCAAUCUUCAAGAGAUUUUUCCAGGACUGUGUAACAAAAAUUGUCAAUCACAUUAAUGAGACUUUUUUGAAAAGAGGAUGCGCAUGGCCAUCUGCGAUGAUAUUAGUUGGUGGAUUUUCAGAUUCUCCGGUUAUCCGAGAAGCAAUUGUCGAUGCUUUUCCCGUUAUCAAAAAUGUUGUGUCGCCUGUAGCGACUUCAUUGGCCGUUUUGAAAGGAUCAGUUAUAUUUGGUCAUGAACCAGCCAUUGUUACUGGCAGAGUUUGUCGCGAAACGCUAGGAGUCACCCUGCGUCGGCCAUACAUCCCAGAAGGUAACACAGAAAAGAAAACGUUUAAAAUGGACGGGGAACUGCGAGCAGACAAAAGUUUUCAAAAAAUGUUUUCAAUAAAUGAAAUCAUUAAACUAGGGCAAAUACGAACUGUUGACAUACAAGAUAUCCAUAAAAACAAAGAGUUACGAAAACAACCGAAGAUUAUCGAAGUUUACGCUUCAGAAGAUGAAGACCCAAAAUAUAUUACAGAUUCCGGAUGUUCCCUAAGAGGAAAAAUCACUGUUAAUCCGCCGAACGGUCAAUGGCCGGAAAAUGCUGAAGGUUUUAUUGAUAUGGAAACCGGAGGAACUGAAAUAACCGUACGUUACAGAGACAAACAUUCUGGUCAAGUUACCGAAGAAAAAAUAGAUUUCAUGUGAUUUGUAUUUGUCUGAAUAUAGUUUGCUCUACAAAUAUUAAUAUAUAA